CGAAACCGUGGAUUUGGCCAUGGAAGCGGCCAGCUCUGUGCCGUUCCAGCGGAGACCAGCAGACAUUUCGCGGGGCAUCUUUCGUGGACGUCAAACCAUGCAGCAGUUCAGACUCUCCUCUCACUUGAAGCGAGGUGCUUUGGGAACCUUCCCUCUACUGCUGCGCUCCUUCAGCCGCCAUGGGGUGACGCAGCGACGGGUGACUGUUGAUGUUGUCAGUGAGGAUCCGCUCAUUUGGGUGGUGGAUGGCCUCUGCGAGCAGCGACAGGUACAGCAGUUGAAGGAUGUCCUCAGCAGGCAGAAGCUCGACAACCUGAAGAAGACAGAUGCCUAUGUUGACGACAUGUUUGAUGAACGCCGGGAGUUGCAGGAGGAUGCUCAAAUGUUGGUAUCAAUGAUCAGCAGUGGUGCACUGCAAACGGUUCCUGCAGAGUACCAGGAAGACCCGUUGAGAUCCCUCCUUUGGACUGCCAUGCAACGGCCAGAACUGCUGCAGAGCAGCGACUGGGACCUGGCGUUGCUGUCCACGGCGCGGCGUGCCUGGUGCACCCAAUGGAACCCGGAUGACCUGGCGCGCAGCGGCUUCCGGAAAAGCGCCUUCCGAUGCAAAGUGCCAGAGGAGUUGCUGCCGCAGUUGGCGCCGCUGGUGCUGGAUGUACUAGGCGCUCCGGUCCAGGGGCUGCCUGGUACAGGGUCCAAGGACCAGCGGGGGCCCUGCUGGGUUCUGCGUGACACAACUGUCGUAAGGUAUCAGCCAGACGAGUCACAAGUACCACAUGUGGACACCAGUGAUGUCACCAUGCUGCUGUACCUGAGUGACUCAGGGGGUCACACCUGCUUCCCGAAUCUGGGUUGCAGCAUCCAGCCACGCGAAGGACGUGUCUUGGUCUUUUGCAGCACGAAACCGACGCAAAGGCGCUUUGGCGGCUUUGCUGGCUCAGCUUAUGGGGAACCCUUGGAUGCGACCAUGCAUUAUGGUAGCCUCAUGCAGGACUCGUCGCACGAUGAGAAACUCAUCGUGCAGCUGCUCUUUGCGGCGGAGGAUGCUAACUUGUCAUUGCAAUCUUGGAGGGAAGGUCUCCUCGGUGUCAAGCUGCGCGAUGCAGAGAAGACUCAAAACUUGCAGGCCCAGCCCAUGCGCUCUUUGCCGCGUGCCCAGCGUCGGCCAAGCUUGGCGCUGGACCAAAUGAAGCGCUGCGCCAGCGGCUGCCGUGCUUUGGCACUCGAUCUGACUGUGCCUGGAACAACAAAGGUUUGCAUCCACUGCUGGCAGCGACGGUUGGAACAGCAGAAGCCUUGAGGUGUUGAGAGAAA